CAAAUACUGAACUGCGCCCUGGACGACAUCGAGGUCUUCGUGGCGCGGCUGCAGAAGGCUGCAGAGGCCUUCAACCAGCUCAACCAGAGGAAGAGGAGCAAGAAGAACAAGAAGAAGGGGCCUGCUGAGGGCAUGCUGACCCUUCGCGCCAAGCCCCCCACGCAGGCAGAGUUCACAGACAGCUUGCAGAAGAUUAAACUGGCUUUCAACCUGCUGGUGAGGCCCGCUGAGCACUGAACCCCUUCAUCACCCCUUU